UGCCUGAUGACCUCAGUCCAGAGGAGAGACAGGAGCUGGAAAGCAUCCGCCGCAGAAAACAAGAACUACUGCACGACAUACAAAGGCUGAAGGAUGAGAUAGCAGAGGUGACCAAUGAGAUUGAAAACCUGGGCGUGACUGAAGAGAGGAAAAGCAUGCAGAGGAAUAAACAGAUGGCCAUGGGCCGAAAGAAGUUCAACAUGGACCCCAAGAAGGGGAUCCGCUUCCUGAUCGACAGCUCCCUCCUGAAAAACACCAGCGAUGAUAUUGCAAAGUUUCUCUACAAGGGCGAGGGGCUCAAUAAGACGGCUAUCGGCGACUACCUCGGGGAGAGAGAUGACUUCAACAUCGAGGUCCUGCACGCCUUCCUGGACUUACACGAGUUCACAGACUUGAACCUGGUUCAGGCUCUCAGGCAGUUCCUGUGGAGCUUCAGGCUGCCCGGUGAGGCUCAGAAGAUCGACCGCAUGAUGGAGGCGUUCGCCCAGAGAUACUGUCGCUGUAACCCGGGAGUGUUUCAGAGCACAGAUACCUGUUACGUGUUGUCGUUCUCUGUGAUCAUGUUGAACACGAGUCUACACAACCCCAACGUAAAGGACAAACCCUCCGUUCAGAGAUUCACUGCGAUGAACAGAGGCAUCAAUGAUGGAGGAGACCUGCCAGAGGAGCUAUUAAGAAAUCUGUACGACAGCAUCAAGAAUGAACCCUUUAAGAUCCCAGAGGAUGAUGGGAACGACCUCACACACACCUUCUUCAACCCCGACAGAGAAGGAUGGCUGCUGAAACUCGGAGGUGGACGAGUUAAAACCUGGAAGAGACGCUGGUUUAUUCUCACAGAUAACUGCCUCUACUACUUCGAAUACACAACCGAUAAGGAACCCAGAGGAAUUAUUCCACUGGAAAAUCUGAGUAUCAGAGAAGUCGAUGACUCCAAGAAACCGAACUGCUUCGAGCUCUUCAUCCCCGACCACAAAGAUCAGGUGAUCAAGGCCUGCAAGACGGAGGCAGACGGCCGCGUCGUCGAGGGAAACCACACUUUCUACAGAAUCUCCGCCCCGACCGCAGAAGAGAAGGACGAAUGGAUCAACAGCAUCAAAGCCGCCAUCAGUAAAGACCCGUUCUAUGAGAUGCUGGCUGCCCGGAAGAAGAAGGUGUCGUCUCUGAAGGGGCUGUAGAGCUGCGGAGGAUUAAACCUUGAAACGAGCUUUGACUUGAAGCAGCGGACAGGAUUAUGGAGCCGACGCUCCCGCUGCUGCAGCGACACUCAGACCUGCCACAGAGGAUCCAGCUUUUAAAAGGCUCUUCCUUUGUCACCUUCAGUACCGACACUCUACAGUCUGACCUUACGUUCAACGUUUUAUUCCCCAUCUAGAGAUGAAAUGAUUCCGUCGUAGCUCUCUCUCUCUCUUUUUCUAUCCUUUUGAACACCGUGCUGUGUCGACACCGUGCCCUCUGGUUCGGACUCCCACUCCUCUUAAAAUCUGCUGUAAUGGCUGUUGAAAUGUGUCUGACUCACCUCAGAGCCACUUCACACAGACGCAGUGUUCGGUCCGCUGUGGUACAAUGAGUUACAGCGGAUGAAUGAAUCACAUCAGACAUUUUCAGGAGAGGCUAAAACACUUUAACUUAGUUUCCAACCAGCCUCGCGUUUGAACAGUUGUGUAUAUUUUCCAGACGUCCUCUACUAAAAACACUUAAUGAAGAUAUCUACUGGAAAACAGAUUAAGUGCAGGACAGAUCUUUAGUUUCAUCUGCCAUAAAAAAUGCUUUUUUUUUUUUCUAAGCCUUUUUUUUUUCUUACUGCUGUUGGUCUUUUGUCAAAGCCCUGUUAAUGAAAAUUAAGGUAAUGCAUAAAUAGCUAAAUAUUUAUUUAUCCAGAUUCUUGUAAUUUAUUGUUUUAUGUUUUGUCUCAUUAAAAAGGUUUGAAAACCAA